CAACAGACAUAUGAACAUGUCUGCUACAGUUGGAAAAAAGAGAGAUGGAGAGAAAAUGAGAACAGCAGGACCCAUGAAGUUCAAGAGGAAUGGCUCUUGGCUCUCCCAAUGAAAACAAAGUGGCUAUGCUUUUAUCUUGAGCAUUACUUUCUCUUGGAGACCCCACAUUUUGGAACAGGAGAAACUCAUCAUGAAGAUUGAGGAAGAGGGAAAUUAUGAAUGAUUGCAGUUGCACCCACAUAAAAGUCAUAUCCACUCCACAAGAGGUUUUCAGUGCUAGCCAGGAAUAGGAAUUUCUGCUCCCAUAGAGGAAAAAGUCUUGGAAUUUGUGCACAUUCACUGAUGAAAUCCACCCAAAGUUCCACAUUCUUGGUUUGGGUAACUGAUAUUAUAAAGAAUGUUUGCUGCUUUCAAGGCUAUUCCAUCUGACUAUAAUGAAUGACAGCAAUGCACUUCUUCCCAUGCACCAAGCUCUUUUGAAACGCUGGCACUAGUUUUUUUAUGGGAUUCCGGAAAAUGGAAAUCAAGGUUCCGAUUCGUGUACAUGUGUUUGGACUUUGCUGUCACUACUUAUUCAACUAAGAAUCUAAAUCUACGACAAGUUCUGCAAACUGUUUCGUCUUUUUGGACACGUCUAACGUUUUAGUUGUACAAUUACAAUAUAAAUCAAUGCCUCGCCACCAACCAAUCGUACGUUUCACACAUCCACUCUUCAAAAGUGAUUGGAGAAGUUUAGAUUUAGAUAACCACAAACCAAGAUAUAUUGUGUAGAAGAGGAUAUGCUAAUUGGCAAAUUUUCAGAUCACAGACAUUGAAGCUGACCCAUGUGAUAUCGUUAAAUGGCCAAGAAGAAGAGCUGGUUUAGUCUGGUGAAGAGGCUCUUUUUGAGGGAUCCCACACAAGAUAAGGAUAAAAGAAGGAAAUGGAUAUUUGGAAGGCUAAAGAACAAGAGAUUACCUUCAAUUACAGCUCCACUUCCAUCAAAAGAGACAACACUAAGCGAAGCAGAGGAAGAACAAAGCAAGCAUGCUUUGACAGUGGCCAUUGCCUCAGCAGCAGCUGCUGAAGCUGCUGUUACUGCUGCACAUGCUGCUGUUGAGGUUGUUCGCCUCACUGGGGUCUCACAAUCUGCCCUUAUUUGCAAAGAAAAGUCAGAAGAAUCUCAACCUCUCAAAACUAGUAAUGCUGCUCCUCAAUUCACACACCAGUGCAAGAGGGACAUUCAAGAAUCUGCUGCAGUCAUCAAAAUUCAAACUGCAUUUAGGGGUUACCUGGCUAGGAAGGCUUUGAGGGCAUUGAAGGGAAUAGUGAAACUACAAGCUAUCAUUCGUGGCAGAGCAGUAAGACGCCAAGCUAUGAGUACUCUUAAGUGCUUGCAGUCCAUUGUGAGCAUCCAAUCACAGGUCUGUGCAAGGAGGCUUCAAAUGGUUGAAGGGAGAUGUGACUACACUGAAAAUGAAGAGUUGCAUGAUUCAAAAGACAAGAUAAUUAGGAUGGACUCAAACAGUGAAAGAAAGUGUGAUGAGAGCACUCCAUCGAAGGAAGAGUUAGACAGCUCUUGCAUAAGCAUGAAAGAAACGGUUCUCAAGAGAGAAAGAAUAAAAGAAUACUCAUUUAACCAUAGAAGGUCAGCAGAGUCAGAAAGAAGUAAAGUAAAUGGAAGAUGGAGAUACUGGCUAGAGCAAUGGGUAGAUACACAACUUUCAAAGAGCAAAGAACUUGAAGAUUUAGACUCAGUUUUUAGCUCUCAUGCUAGGAGUGGGGAGGAAUAUGGAGGCAGACAACUUAAGGUGAGAAGUAUUAACAGGCAAAAUCCAGUUGAAGGAUUGGAUUCUCCUACAAUUGGUUCAAGAAGAUCUUUUCCUCAUAGGAGACAGUGUUCUGUGGGAGAAGACCAGUCAUUUUCAAGCUCUCCUGCAACUCCAGCAUACAUGGCUGCAACAGAAUCAGCCAAAGCAAAAGCAAGAUCAACAAGCUCACCAAAAAUAAGGACAGGGGGGAACAUUGACAUGAAUUCUGAUAGCUAUUCACCAUGCAAGAAAAAGCUAUCCAUUGCAUCUUCCAUUAACAGUGAGGUGCUUAGUGGUGGUAGGAUGGCCAAGUUUAGUGGUAACCAGCAAAGAUCUCCAAGCUUUAAGGGCCUUUCAGUGCCUAUAAAAUCAAGCCGAACUAUCAAGGAUCUCAGUAUUAAUUCAGAUUGUUCACUGCCUCAUUGGGGUCCUCAAGGUUCCUUCAAAUGAAUCUAUGAAUGCUGAUGUUACUCUUGCUUGCAUUAACACAAUUUCGUGUUGAAAACAUCAUUUGUUUAUAACUAUGUAUGAUAUAUAUGCCAUUGGAUGUUAUUUUGGUUGGAAAUUGAACAUUAAUGUGAUAGAAAGCAGUUAAUUCCUUGAUUAAUUAGGGAUGCAUUUGUUUGCUUGUCUGUCCUUUUAAGAAAGAAAAAAAAAAGGUAAUCAUGAUCUUUCAUGGGAGUA